AUGUCUUCCACCAAACUGUUCCCGCCCUCAGACGCGUCGCGUCAAAGAUCGGGAAUCCUCACGCCCAGCUCCGAUGGUUCUCUGAACUCCAAACAUGCGGUUCUGCCGCCGCCCGUCGAGACGUUGCAGCGAAGGCGGAGCGGUUCUCACGCAAUGGGAGACUUGUUGAAGGCUGCGAUUGUCGUCAAGGCGCACCCUUCUAGCAUCCUCGCGAAACCGUGCACACUGCAGCCCCUCAUGCUGCUCCCCCGCGAAUACCUCUCGCUGUCAUGCCUCGAUCUCGGCGCUCCACAGGGUGACCUCCCUUCCAGCCGCUUCUACGAAUCCCAUGUCAAGAUUCUCGACCUCGAAGACCGCGUCGCCGAGAAGCCGAGCGUGCUCCUCGCGCGCAACGACGCCUCCAAGUCAAUCUACGCGCUCGAACGCGCCGCCGUCUCCGGGUACAACCUGUAUACGGUCUGCAAGCUCGGCCCGUGGGUGGAUCUAUUGGCGUUGUCUGACAAGGCCACGGUGACGGGGAAGCAUGUCGCCCGUAUGCGGAUGGCGGAGGAGGCGAGGGAGUCUCAGCAGGGGCAGGAGCUGCCGUUGACGACGCCGGGCCUGCACAAGGGACACAAAGAGAAGAGACUGGCGAUCGAAGCGCUGCAGCAGUCGAUUGUGAGGAAGAGGGGCCGCUCGCAGUCCGUAUCGACCUUUGACGAGGCAAGGGCAGAGAAGCGGACGAGGUCUGACGACGAUAUCUCACGCCCGCAGACGCCAAGCGGGUUGGGCCAGACGGUGGAAGCGAAGCCUGAGCUGACGGAGUGGAUCGAGACGCACCUGGACGCUGUGGAACCAACAUCACAGCCGGUUCCCGAACCCAACGCCCAGCAGACGGCUGGCGAUAUCAUGGACAACAUAAGAGCGCAAUAUAUGGAGGCGCUUUACAGGUCAAUGGGAUCUCUGGCGUAUUUUGCAAAGGGACCGCUAUCUCGAGCUCGCGCCGCGUUCCAUCUUGACUGCGACGGCGCCAUGAAUAUGAAUGAUCUCAUCGACUUCCUGAAGAGUCUCGUUAUGACCACAGUCCAGAUCGACAAGAAGUACCGCGAAACGAUACCCAAUGUAAUCUCCAAACUGAAGACGCAUAUCGACAGUUCCGAUGAUGGUAGCAAGCCCAAGAGGAGGAAGUCCAAGAAGAUGAAGCUGGGCAAAGACGGCAUGUACCCCGAGGAAGACGACGAUGUGCGUAAGUGGUGGAGCUUGAACAAACCGGAGUUCAGUGACGAGGACAAAACCAUCACGCCGGCGCAGAUCAAGUCGCACGUGUCUCUGUUGAGGACCCGCGAGACGCAGCUCCAGAUGAUUCUCAUCCUAGAGAUUCUGGCGCUGGAGCCUCUGCGGACGGCCGAGGGGGACGGAGAGACCCAGCUGCCUGGGCUCCCUGGUGAGAUGGAGGUUGAGAAAGCUGCCGAGACUCAACCGAAGAAGCGGAGCAAGCACAACUUCCCCGUAUUGGUGGACGUACACGCCGAUCGAUUGUGUAUCUGGCAGUCAACUGCUUCUGACGAAUUGAGGAUGUUGGAGGACUCUCAGGUGACUGCGCCAUUAGGCGGAGAGCCGGCUCAAAAGGCCUCUUCAGAUCCUCUGAGGGACUUUUGCACCGACAUCAUUAUGCCAUUGCCGGGAGCUGCCGCGAAGCGACCUUCUAAGCCGGCGACGAAGAAUAUUGAGAAGGCGUUGUUCAAGGAGCAGUCGCGGCGCAGUGUCUCCAGAGGUCCCAGCAACGCAAUCGCGCUGUUGAGAUCGGCGACGUCUGCCAACAUCCCUAGUUUCAAGCGGGAGACAAGCGAUCUCGACCGGAAAUCGUCUGUGGAUAGGACAGGCCUGCUUUCCAGGAGUAACAGCCUCACAGCUCUAGACGACGUUAAGGCGCAGAAGAAGGCCCUUGUCGAGGCCGAGUUGAAGGAUGCUAUCACGGCCAUCCGGAAACCGAACCGCGAUUUGGCUGGCAAGGCUAUUGUUGAGGCUGCGGAGAAGCGGGCUUCCGGUGGUCUAUCUUCGAUUAGGAAAUCCAAGAAACCGACUCGACACCCGCUCUUUGACUCGGUGCAGGUGAAGGUCACGCCGGCCAACCACCGUUUCCGGGAUGCAUUGGCUGCGGAGUCGAAGGGCUCUAGCAGUAUGGCAAUACCGAUGUCGAGUUUACCGCCAUCUAGCGCAUCAAGGGUUCCCUCUACCGGACCGCGGAGGGGCCACAUUGACAUCCUCGGCAGCACGCCUUCGUCUGCGAUCCAAGUCACCCCCGUGAAGCGCGGGGCGGCACUCUUGGGCCCUUCGCCAACGGACGAGCCAGCCAUCCCACCCUCGUCGCCCCUAAUGGCGAGGAAGCCCUCAAGGGCGCAGUAUCUGGGCGUGCCCGACAGCGUGAUCAGGUCACGGCAUCAACCUGUGCGGUCGCAGUCGCCAGAUGUGGGCCUACCGGUGACGCCCUGCAAGCAGCGGACUGUGGAUGUGUUGGGAGACAAGGUAGCGGCCACGCCGACAAGCAAGUCGGCUCCGCCGCCGCCGCCGUCGCCACCAAAGGAGCAACCGAAGUCGAUUUACGCGCGACUCGGAUGGGAUGACGACUUUGACGACUUUUAA